GACGGAAUUAAAGCAUAUAUAUAUUGCUUGUAUAUCUUCAUUCUUCUGAUCAAUCUUUCUCAUCAUCAACAAUAAUAUUUCGAUCUCAAUCCUCAAGCAAUGUCAGAUCAUCAGAGAAUCCAUCCCGUCGUCCACGAUGUGGAGGCACCGCAUACACCAACGGCUCCAUUGGUGCAGCAGGGCGCGCCCAAAUCCGACAAAGAGGAGCAGUACCCUACACACCAGCGUACCAUCCCCGUGAAGCACUCGAGACCGCCAAAGAGGAGAAGCUGCUGCUGCAAGUUCUUCUGUUGGACGAUAUCCCUGCUGUUGCUUCUAGUGCUUAUCAUCGCGGUAGUCGUCGGAAUCCUAUUCCUCGUGUUCCAACCAAAGCUUCCCAAGUUCUCAGUCGACAAAUUGCAAAUAACCCAAUUCAACCUCGGUACCGACGACAGCUUGUCCUCUACUUUCGACGUGACAGUCACGGCGAGAAAUCCAAACAAGAAGAUCGGAAUAUAUUAUGAGAGUGGAAGCGAUAUCAGUGGGUGGUACGUAGACACAAAACUAUGCGAAGGGGCUUUGCCGAAAUUCUACCAGGGCCACCGGAACACGACGGUGCUUAUCCUGCCUUUGACAGGGCAAACCCAAAACGCCACAUCACUGGUGAACGCUCUCCAACAGCAGCAGCAAGAGACGGGAAAUAUUCCGCUGUCUCUAAAAGUGAACCAGCCGGUGAGAAUUAAGCUUGGGAAAUUGAAGCUGUUUAAGAUCAAGUUCAGGGUUAGGUGUACACUGGUGGUGGAUGCCCUUACUGCUAACAAUACUGAGAUUAAAAUUCAGAGUAGUAGCUGUAAGUUCAGCCUUAGGCUAUAAAUCCUUUUAGUAUGUUGUAUUAUUAUUAUUAAUUUUUUUUUCAUUCUUUUUACCAUAGAGAUUUCCCUAUAUAUUCCCGUAAUAAAUAAAGUGGACGAUUAUAUGUAGGCCGGUUCUUAAUUCCUCCACGUUGUUUUGAUAUAUAUACUGCAAUAAUAGCUCUAUGCCGCCCUUUGUGUUCUA